AUGUCUAUCAUUAUCUUUCUAUCUUCUCAGGCAUCUAUCUAUCUAUCUAUCUAUCUAUCUAUCUAUCUAUUCAUCUAUCUAUCUAUAUGUCUAUCAUUCUGUUACCAAGAAAUCAAACGCGAUAUCCUCCGCCACGAACAACAGACAAAACAAGAGAGAAGUCCGGGUCUGCAAAAGGCCAUCCGACUUCUUAACGAAAAGGAACGUACCGAAUACCAACAACAAAAGCAUGGUUCUUCCUGGGGCCUUGGCUUCAAACGCAAGCGGAGAUCCGCCCCGAACUCUCGCCAGGCGACGGAAUCGCACGAAAGGCGUAAUUCAACUUCCGGUUCCUCACACGGACGGAACCGGCGGACAUUGUUCCGGCGCAAAAGGCGGAACUGCGCUCGCUACGAAAUGUAUGUCGAUUUCAACGCCAUCGGCUGGUCAGGUUGGAUAAUUUCGCCCAAGGGUUACAAUGCCUACCAUUGUUCAGGACCUUGUCCGUUUCCGUUAGGACAAAGCCACAGGCCAACAAAUCAUGCCACGGUGCAAAGCAUUGUCCAUGCUCUCCGCGCGGGAAAAAACGUUCUAACGCCUUGCUGUGUACCGGAUAAGCUUUAUUCGAUCAGCCUGCUUUAUUUUGACGAUCAAGAGAAUGUUAUUCUUAAGCUUUAUGAAGAUAUGGUAGCUGCAAGUUGUGGAUGUCACUGA